GAUAUAAUGAAAUGAAAAUGACAGAAAGCACUGAAUCUUUCAACGACUCUGGAAAGAGAUACAACGAUCCAAAUGUUGACUUCAAGGAUUCUCGCAAGGGUACUCGAAGGCGAAUCAUUGAAAGGAUUUCAAGUCUGAAGACAUACACAGAGGAGGCAAAGUUCUUCCUUGCAUUCGUUUUACCGUGUGACUUCAUCGGUGCUUUUGUACUCAUCAGCUGGACCAUAUUCAUCGUACCUUUCGCAAUCUCUCUCGGAAUCCCGGAAUCCCGGGCUGUCUUUGUUGGAACUAUGGGAGGAGUGGGAGGUCUGGUCGCCAGGGUCAUGGGCACUGUCGUCUUGCACUUUCAUCCAACCUGGGUGUCCGGUCAAUACGUCGUGCUCUGCUCUCUGACAUCGCUGAUGUUGUUUGUCCAACCCUUGAGGGCGUCUUACACCUACCUCCUUGCAUGUUCCUUCCUCAUGGGCUUCGGUCUCUACGGUAGUGUGUGCCUUGUGGAAGCCCUGGUGCCCAAUGUCGUCAGUCCCAAGGUGUUCCCCACAUCAGUUUCCAUCACGUAUCUUUUGAAAGGCGUCAGUGGAAUUCUGACUGCUUACACCUCUGGAUCACUCUAUGACAUGACUGGAUCCUAUCAGAUAGUCUUUUAUAUUCUCGGGAUCAUGGAAGCGGCUAAUGUGGGCAUCUAUCUCUUACUCCUAGCCAUCAAGAAGCGAUCGAGUAUGAGACAAAACAAAGACCCGGAAUAAUUCAAGCUGGGAAAU